GUGUAAAUAAAUAGGAGUCUUAUAAAAAUUGCGUGUGAUCUAAUGUAACCUGAUCACGUUCUAUCUAAUAUUUUAAACAGGGAUGAGAAUCAUACUAAAAUGCCCGUGUACACUUCUCCACUCGGAUGAGCCACAAGCAGGAUCGCCCUCAGAGUUCACCAGGAUAGCAGAGAUGUCAGGCAAGCGCACUGCGACAACAGAACUGAAUCACGACAACUGGAAUGAGGAGAACGAGCCGGAGGACGCGGGCACGUUUGUGCUGGCGUCGAAUGAUAUACUCGAGAAGAGGGUUAUAAAGACAGCGAGGCGCCGCUUGCCGUCGCAGGAUGGCAUGCCUAAGAAAAGUGCAUUCGGAACAUUCGCGGGUUUCAAAACUGCCGCUCCCGCGACGAGUGUGUCACCGUUCAAUUUUCUGGCUGGUACCAGCACCGCUUCCGGCACGACUACACCCACAGCGUCGGCGACAACUGUAAAUAAGAGUAGCAGGCAGAUUGCGAGCAACGGCUCUGCCAAGAUUCCCAAAGGUGACGCGGACAAAAGAGAGGAUAGCGCCAAGUUGCAGAUGCCGUCGAGCUCGAGUGUGAGCAAGAACGUCUCGUUCGAGCAAGAGAUGGAGAAGCCGAGUCACUCGGCGGAAUAUUACGCGAAACUGAAGGGACUGAACCAGAGCGUCACCAUGUGGAUAAAGAGUCACGUAGAUUCGAAUCCGUUUUGUAUAUUGACACCUAUAUUUAAGGACUACGAGAGAUAUCUGAAGGAGAUGACGUUGAAAGAAGAGAGCGCCAAGGCGCAGACGUCGCACACUUCGGAGCACACGUCGCAGCGUCCCGCGCAAAGCGAUAGUAAGCAGGACGUGAGCGAGGAGAAGCCGGAAAAGGCGCCUUUUGGCAGUUUAAACGCGAAUACGAAGCCUACUUUGACCGCGGGAACGGAAUGGAAGCCUGACAAGUCGAUUUUUUCCAAUAUUACUGCGAAUACCAAGUCAAUAUUCAGUAACGCGGAGCAGAAAGAAAGUUCCAAGUCGAUAUUCGGUAGUGCGGAUAUAAUUUCUGAUAAGGGUAAUUCCAUUUUUGGAAGCGUAGAACCGAGCGUCGCUGGUAAGAGUAUAUUUAGCCACACGAGUGUGGAAAGUAACCCCUUCUUACAUAAACCCACCGUUUCGGACGGUGGAAAUGCGGUCGAGGAGAAGGAAACCAAGUCCAGCGCAAAACCUGUCGCCCCUACCUUCCCCACUUUUAGUUUCGGCCAGAGUUCCACCGCCAGCAACGUGACCGCUGGAUUUAGUUUCGGAAGCGCAAAGCCAUUUUCGUUUGCUCCCCAAGCGGUAAAGCCGCAGGACUCCGAGGACAAGGCCGACGAUGAAAAUAAGGAAGAAGAGGACGAGGAACCGCCGAAGCCAGAUUUUAAACCAGUGUCCGAAGAAGGUGCUACUUAUGAACAAAGGUGUAAAGUCUUCGUGAAGAAAGACGACAAUUUUAGUGACAGAGGUAUCGGGAUGUUGUAUCUGAAACCGACGCCGAACGGAAAGACGCAAUUAAUAGUACGUGCCGACACUGCUUUGGGCAAUUUGUUACUCAAUACCCUGUUAACUCAAGGCAUUCCCACGAAGCGCAUGAACAAGAACACGAUAAUGUUGGUCUGCUUACCGAUGCCAGAUUCCCUACCGCCACCAAUUCCAGUGCUGUUAAGAGUGAAAACUAGUGAAGCCGCGGAUGAGUUACUGGAAGCAUUGGAUAAGCAUAAAAAGUAGAAAAGAAAUUACGCAAAACUUGGGUAUGCGAACAAAGACAUUUUUUUUACAUUAUCUUGCGAGAAAUGAAGUGAAUCGACGUGUAAUGGAAAAUUUAUUCAUUAUUAAUCAUCGCAAAGGUUUCGUGUCGAACUUAACUCAUCAUUCCAUAAAUUUUGUAAUCCUUUAGGAACACGGUUAUAGGAAAUGAACGAAAAAGAUCUGGGAUAUAUAUUUUUAAUCACUUUUCCAGUUGUUUCUUCAUUUACAGAUAUUGUAAAAAUGUAAUUAUUUAUCUUGUUCAUUAGAUUGUAUUCAGUGAGAAAUGCAAAAAUUCAAUUGUUUCUCUAAGUUUAAUGUAUCUACAUGUAUGAUCCAUUCAACGUCGGAAUGAGUGUUGCAAUUGUAAUCAAUAAUGUAAUAAUAAUAAUAAUUGGAAAUAUAUGUACAUAGUAGACAUACAGUAGUGUAUAUUAUGAGUGAGGCAGUUUAUGCUUUUAACAGCUAAGAUGUACUGUGCUAUUAAUUACAGACGUAAUUGUACUACUACAGAAGAAUUAGAAGUGCAAAACCAUUAUAGCUC